AUGGAUCUAGAAAGAAUCAGCACAAUUGAUACAGCCAUAGAUCUCUCAUGCAACCAUUUUGAAGGUGAAAUUCCAAAAUCACUAAAGGAUCUCAGCUCACUUAGGCUACUCAAUUUAUCCCAUAACAGUCUCAAAGGUUCUCUUCCAAUGGAAUUGGGGAAAUUGAAUACACUUGAAGCGUUAGAUCUCUCUUGGAAUCGGCUCACUGGAAAGAUUCCACAGGAAUUGACAGCAAUGAACUUUCUGGAGUUCUUAAACCUCUCUCAAAAUCAUUUCGUUGGACGCAUUCCUCAAGGUUCACAAUUCAGCACAUUUGAAAAUGACUCAUAUGGUGGCAACCUUGAUUUAUGUGGUCCUCCUUUAUCAAAGCAAUGUGGAACAAGUGAUUCAUCGCAUGUUCCUCAACCACUGGAGAAAGAAGAAGAAGAAGAAAAUGAGUCGUAUUUUUUUAGUGGAUUUACGAGGGAAUCAGUAGUCAUAGGCUACAAUUUUGGACUCGUUGUUGGAACUAUCAUGUGGAGUCUCAUGUUUAAAUAUCGUAAGCCAAAAUGGUUUGUGGAAUUUUUUGAUGCACUCAUGCCUCCCAAAAGAAGAAGGUCAAAGAAGAGAGCUCAGAGACGACGAACUUAA